AUGUGGUGUUUAGUCACAUCCUCUGAUAGUUCCCAAUAUCUUCUGCCAUGUAACAAAGACAUUAUUGUUGGUCGAAAAGAUGCUGACAUAGUUAUAACAGGGGACUCGUCUGUAAGUCGAAAGCAUGGUAUGCUUAGGAUUACACAUCCUCCAUCAAAUUUAAAAAACCCAGAAGCCAUUCCAACAAUCACUGUCACAGACUCUUCAAAGUUUGGAACUUUUAUCACACGACCUGGGACUGAAAAAAUAAAAGUGAACAAAACUGCGAUACUAAACCCUGGAGACUUCAUUCAAUUUGGUGCGCAGCAAAGUAUCUUUGAGUUGCAACACAUUCCCCUUGUGGUAACUUCCUCUUCACUUGAGAAUGAUGUGAAACAGAGACUGAAAGCCUCAAUAUUGCAAAUAGGUGGACACUUUGUGGAUAGCUGGCAUCAUGGGGUUACCCACAUAGUUGUGGAAAAGAUCAAAUUGAGCAUCAAAGUCACUCAAGCAUUGGUAUAUGGAUGCCACAUUGUUGAACCCAAUUAUAUUUGGAAAAUAUCAGAAUUGUUGAGUAAAACCAAAGUUACUCUUCCAUCUGCUGAGCAAUACUUGCCAGAACUGGGUGAACCCAAUCUAUCUGCAGAAUUUUGCUCCUUCAAAGUGAAUAAACAAAGAAGAAGUGUUUUUAGUGGCCGUACUUUCAUUUAUCUCUGUAAAAAGCAGCUCAAACGCUUAGAACAUACGGUACUUGGUGGUGGAGGUAAAAAUGUACUCUUAAAUGACUCAUCAGUUGAUGAUGAUUUCCUCUCAAGUUCAUCAACAUCAGUUGUACACUGCGAUGUAAAUACUGAUAGCAUAAUUGCAAGCAAUGCUGAAUAUGAACAUGUUCAGGAUGUUUUGAUUGAAAAUGAGCAGAGAUUCAUACAGGAACAUGAAAUUGGUCUUGCUGUUCUUUAUUGUGAUGCUGCUGUGUAUUGCAAUCCUUCAUUUGAUCUCAACUCACAAAACACGUUUACUCAAGCACGUAUGGCAGAAACAGAACCAAACGCUACUGAAAGUCGGCCCUUUCAAUCAGAUGAAUCCAGCAUUGAUACAGUUGAAAGAAAAAGGCUAAGGAGUGUUGACAAUGAGGCAACAACAUCCGAAAAAGUAUCACCAGAGGACAAAAAUUUGGCAAAGAAAUUCAAAGUCGAUGAUGCUCCAAUAAAUAUUGAUAGACCUUUCGUCCAAGAAAACGACAUCAUUUCAGAUAAUAUUUCACAUAGUUGCCUGGAUGACGACAAUUUAUGGAGUCAGAAUUUGGACAGUGCUUCUUUUCGACCAGAUAAAUCAGUUUUAGACGAUGAAGAAAUUAGUAAAAGAAAUAAAAUUAAUACUGAAAUUGAGUUGAGUAAAUUUGAAUCUGUUCAAAAUUUGCCUGUCCAUGGUGAAAAACCUCAAAAACAGUCAGACUCUGUCCAACCAGACAUCAACGAAAACCGUAAUACCUACUCAUCAGUCACAGAGAUUCAUUCACUUGAAGUAAAUAUGGAUAAACAAUCUCACAAAUCAUUACAUUCGGACCAAAUGAAACCUGACAAUCAUAUUCAGAAGAUGAUAAAGAAGGAGCCAAAUUUAACAGAACACCCUCCUCCUGACAAUAAAAUAACCAGCAGUGGGUAUGAUCCAUCUUUUCCAACUAACUUAUCCAUCACAGAUAUAGUUCCUCUAAUUGUCAAAAAGAAACUGAAAGUUACUGAGGAAAAUUUGCCAAUUAUUGGUGUAAAAAAUUUCAAGACAUUUAGGAAGAUAUGGCCAACUUACAUGAUCAAAAAAGUGCCCGAUAGACAGAAGGUUACAGAAUCAAGUCCUAGAUUUCCAUCUCGUAUAAUUGGGGGAAGUGAUUUUUUUGUCAAUGAAAGCAGGAAUGAUAGAUCUAAUGAUAUUGGAAAAUGGCUUGGUUGUGAAUCACAAAAUUUUGACCCAUUCAACAAAACACCAAGGGUAUGA